CUGCACCCCAACUUCUCUCCACUGUCACCACCUCACCAGUACACAUAAAUCAACCCCCUGCGAUGGCAACCCUCGCUCCCUCCGGCGGCAUCAACGCUCGCGUCCGUGGCAGCAGCCACAUUGACUUCAAGACCGCCACUACCGGUGUCGCUGCCAAGUCCAUGCGCAAUGAGAUCUCCCAGCUCGUAGCCACCGUCGAGGACCAGCAAACCAAGCGUGCCUUCGACACUGAGAUGCAAUCUUUCUUCUAUCUCUUCACCCGUUAUCUCUCUGAGCGCGCAAAGGCCGUCGAUCUUGACUGGGAUCGCAUCAAGUCCCCCGCCGAGGACCAGGUUGUCCCCUAUGACACCAUUCCUUCCCCAACGGACCAUAGCAACCUCAACAAGCUUGCCGUCCUCAAAGUUAAUGGUGGUCUCGGUACUUCCAUGGGUAUGACGGGCGCCAAGUCUGCACUAGAGGUCAAGGACGACAUGACGUUCCUCGACCUCACCGUGCGCCAGAUUGAGCACCUCAACACGACAAACCGCGUUGAUGUCCCGCUUAUCCUCAUGACAUCUUUCAACACCCACGAGGACACCCUCCGUAUCAUCAAGAAGUACGCCAACCAGCAGCUCCGCAUCACCACCUUCAACCAGAGUCGCUACCCGCGUAUCUACAAGGAGAGCCUCCUCCCGUGCCCCAAGCGCGCGGACGAUGACAAGAAGCACUGGUACCCGCCCGGCCACGGUGAUGUCUACAACGCCCUCCUCCAUUCCGGUGUCCUCGACCAGCUCAUCUCCGAGGGUAAGGAGUACCUCUUCGUGUCCAACUCGGACAACUUGGGCGCUGUUGUCGACGAGAAGAUCCUCCAGCACAUGAUCGACUCUCAGUCCGAGUUCAUCAUGGAAGUCACCGACAAGACCAAGGCCGACAUCAAGGGUGGUACCCUCAUCGACUACGAGGGCUCCGUCCGCCUCCUUGAAGUCGCUCAGGUCCCCUCGGAGCACGUCGAGGACUUCAAGUCUGUCCGCAAGUUCAAGAUCUUUAACACCAACAACCUCUGGGUCAACCUGAAGGCGCUCAAGCGCAUCAUGGAAACCGAGGGCAUGGAGCUCGAGAUCAUCAUCAACCCCAAAGUGACUGACGACGGUCAAUCUGUUAUCCAGCUCGAGACUGCCGCUGGUGCUGCGAUCAAGCACUUCCGCAACGGACACGGCGUCAACGUGCCCCGAUCGCGCUUCCUGCCCGUCAAGUCGUGCUCGGACCUGCUGCUCAUCAAAUCGGACAUCUACUCGCUGCAGCACGGCCAGCUCCACCUCAACGAGAGCCGCAUGUUCGAGACGACGCCGGUCAUCAAACUUGGCGACCACUUUAAGAAGAUCCAGCAGUUCCAGAAGCGGUUCAAGAAGAUCCCCAAAAUUAUCGAGCUCGACCAUCUCACGGUCACGGGUGAUGUGUACUUCGGGCGGAACGUCACGCUGCGCGGGACGGUCAUCGUCGUCGCCAACGAGGGUCAGCGGAUCGACAUUCCUGACGGGUGUAUACUUGAGAACAGGCUGCUCUCUGGUAACCUCAACAUGAUCGAGCUCUAAACGCCCUAUUGACCUCUUAACCAUCUGCGCUCUUCCAUCUUGGUUUCGGCUCGUUCUUUCUUUAUCUUCCAUAUAUUCGUUUGUUUGUUUCCCCUCCGAUACCCAUUUCCCGCUUUUUUUCUUGUACAUAACUAACAGAUGCCGCCGUGAUCGUAACGUACAAAAACUGGACCAUGUCCAAAUACUACUAAGCGGGCGACGUAUGGGGUGGCGUUGUUCUG